AUGGCUAAGCGCUCACGCGAAGAUUUUGAACCGCUUUCAGAGUCCGAGAUCUUGACGGACGCUGCCGCAGCCUCCGUUGUUCAUUUCUCAUCCCGAGUUCCCUCCUCGAAAGUUCUCCAACUUGACCCUGAUAGCAGCGGUGAACCUCGGCCAGCCAAUGAAAUGAGAUGCUCGCUCCCUCCACACAGAGAGAUUCUUUCUUUCCCAUCUUUCGAAGCCUAUGAGGUUCACUACAAUCAGACACACAUGAACCGGUGUCUAGAGUGCAGAAAGAAUUUCCCAACUGAGCAUUUCUUGAAUUUACAUAUCGAGGAGAACCACGAUGCAUUGGUGUCUGUCAGGAGGGAGAGAGGGGAGCAGACUUAUUCCUGUCUCGUCGAGGAUUGCGAUCGAAAGUGCUCCACUGCACAAAAAAGACGUAUGCAUUUAAUCGACAAGCACCUUUUCCCAAAAGACUACGACUUUUACGUAAUAAACGACGGCAUAGAUAAUCGAAGUUCAAUGUUACGAUCGGGGAGACAUCGCCGACGCAGCUCCGCAGCUCAACACAGCGCGGAGAUUCAAGAGAGGACUAACCGCCGUAAUUCAAGACUACAGACUAUAAGCAGCACGGAGAACAAGGAUAAGAACGAUGAAAGUGGGAAGGAAAACCGGGAGAUUGGUGGAACGAGCCCGGCUACUUCGCCUUCAAUGGGAGAUGCGGAUAUAGAAAGCCUCACUGGCGCGAUGUCGUCUCUUAAAUUUGUGCCCCCCAGUGUCAGGUUCGGUCGGGGUCGUGGUCGAGGCAGAGGUGGGUUUAGCAGAACCUAA